AUGCAAAUCUUUGUAAAGACACUGACUGGAAAGACAAUCACACUGGAGGUUGAGGGUUCAGACACUAUUGAUAAUGUCAAGACCAAGAUUCAGGAUAAGGAGGGUAUCCCACCCGAUCAGCAACGUUUGAUCUUUGCUGGAAAGCAGUUGGAGGAUGGCCGCACCCUCUCAGAUUAUAACAUUCAAAAGGAGUCAACUCUCCACUUGGUACUCCGUCUGCGUGGAGGUAUGCAGAUCUUUGUCAAGACCUUGACUGGAAAGACUAUCACCCUCGAGGUUGAGGGCUCCGACACCAUCGACAACGUCAAGACCAAGAUCCAGGACAAGGAGGGAAUCCCACCCGACCAACAGCGUCUCAUUUUCGCCGGCAAGCAGUUGGAGGACGGCCGCACACUCUCUGACUACAACAUUCAAAAGGAGUCAACCCUUCAUCUCGUCCUCAGACUCCGUGGUGGCAUGCAGAUCUUUGUCAAGACACUCACUGGCAAGACCAUCACCCUCGAGGUUGAGGGAUCAGAUACCAUCGACAAUGUAAAGACCAAGAUUCAAGAUAAGGAGGGAAUCCCACCCGACCAACAGCGUCUCAUCUUUGCUGGAAAGCAACUCGAGGAUGGUCGUACCCUCUCCGACUAUAACAUUCAAAAGGAGUCCACCCUUCACUUGGUGCUCCGUCUGCGUGGAGGAAUGCAAAUCUUUGUAAAGACACUCACUGGCAAGACAAUUACAUUGGAGGUCGAGGGUUCGGAUACCAUCGACAACGUCAAGACUAAGAUCCAGGACAAGGAGGGAAUCCCACCCGACCAACAGCGUCUCAUCUUUGCUGGCAAGCAGCUUGAGGAUGGUCGUACCCUUUCGGACUACAACAUCCAGAAGGAGUCAACCCUUCAUUUGGUGCUCCGUCUCCGUGGAGGUGCUCAGUAA